UGUAACGAGAAUGUGAUUCCGUUCACGAUGAGUUACUUGGUGUGUCGAGCACAGGAGGGUGUGUACCCGCCCGAGUGUAGCACAGACUCCGUGUUGGAGAGUGUGCCGGCCCUGAACGAACUCAAGACACAAGAACGUCUUCGACAGACUACACAGGAAGCGUUCAGAGUCAGCAUAGAUUCCACCCUGAACUUCACGGUCUUCCGGGAGUCUGGUCUCAAGGUGGACCGGAAGUUGGGUUUCUGGUACUUCUACGUCCUGGGACAUAUCACUAGGCCUCAGCUGAUCGAGAAUGACCAGUUGGUCAGAGUGAAGAGUUAUCUCAGCGAUAAGGAGACAACCAUCGCCCGGGCCUUCAUCCAAGGCAUGUGUGGAGAGACGCUAAUAGCCUGCCCGAGUCUGGCACAGCUGAAUGACCCCUCCAUCCCCACCCCCUUCUACCAGUACGACUGUCAGAUCCUCUACCUACAACCUUGUGACCAGUGCAACGUGACGUCACUGAGUGUUGCCACGGGCGUGGGCGUCCCUAACAACAGACGUGCUGGAUGUGUGGUCGGGCUGGUUGUUAUGGCGUUGUGUGUUUCUCUGUGUCCGGGGCUUCUUCUUGAUGUGUUGACACGUCUGCCGUGAGGUUUGGUACUACUGCUUCUUCUUUCUAUCCCCCCUCUCCUUUGUCUUUCAUUCUCUCUCUCUCUCU